UGGGUAGACAACCUGUAAUUGUGGAAUAUUCGUUUUUCGUAUAUAUAGCACUGUAUGUUCAUAAAUCCAGUCAUAGUUGGCAUUGCAUACACCAGUUAAAUAAGGUUCUUAAAGUGAUAAAAACAAUUUUACCUGUAGUCCAAGAAGACCAAGUUUAGCAAUAAAUAGGUACUGAAACAGUAUUGUAUAGACUCGAUUGAAUUUCACCGAAUAUUUCUCUUAAGUUUUGGCUUAAUUUAAACCUCGGCUUGAAAGGAUGGAAGUUACAAAUGUAUUUGGGUUUGUUAUCCUUGUACACAUAUUCAUAUAUUGCUCUGAUAGAUGCCUGAAGGGAAAUAAUUCACAAAGAUACAAGAACUUUCUGUCUAUGGCUCCUGUUCAAAUUGAUUUUAUGAGUUUACGAUGGACUACAUCACUGUUUAAUAAAAAAAUUAGCAACUGGGCAACAAGGAAAAAAUAUAAACUGAGCUGGUGGUAUAGUCUUGGAACAAUGAUUACAAUUUUGCUUUGCAUUCCUUCAUUGAUCCUGUUGGCCAGCACAGCAGUUGUAAGUUUUGAAAAUAUAAGACAACAUGAGAAUCACGAAGCCAUACUUCAACCUGUUGUUCCAGGAGUCAAUUUACCCUCAACUGAUUUACCAUACUAUUUAAUUACACUCUUAGUAUGCACAGUUGUUCAUGAGAUAGGUCAUGCCUUAGCUGCUGUGAGCGAGCAGAUCCCGCUGAUAAGUUUUGGCCUUAUUGUUUGGCUUGUUGUUCCUGCUGCAUUUGUUGAGUUGCCAACAAAGGAUGUUACUAGCCUUCCUCCAUGGAAGCAACUGAAGAUCUACUGUGCUGGGAUUUGGCACAACAUUGUUUUAUCGAUAGUUGCGUUUUUAAUUGUGACAUCUCUGCCUAUCUUGCUGAUGCCCUUAUUUCAAACCGGGGCCGGAGUUUCUGUUCUCAACUUAGAUGGGUAUUCGGUAGGUGGAUAUCACGAUUUUCAAAUUGGAGAUCAAUUGACAGGUGUCAAUAGUUGUCGUGUUACAGAGGACAAGACUUGGAAGCAAUGUUUGGCGGCUAUUUUACAUGCAUCUUCGUCAGGUUUCUGUGUUAAUAACGCAUAUCUUUCCGAUGUCGUAGCAAAUGAUCAAUUAGGCUGCUGCAAUAACUCAGAAUUAAGUCAGUCACAUUUGUGCUUCCUUUCGUCAUCUGAUUUAAUCUCAAAUCAGCACUGCUUGAGAGCAAGGGAAGUUUCAGAAUUAUCCACAGCUUGGUGUUCCAAUCAUAAAGAUUGCUCCCAAAACCAAACGUGCCUUAGUCCAUCAUUUCAGUCAGAAUUAGAAAACGAAGCUGAUUCCUCAAGGCUAAUACUAAUCCAGCGAAAGAAUGCCGCCUCCAUAAUUUUUGUAGGCAAUCCUGACGAAAUUUAUCGAUCUGUUAUUGUAUCAAACUACGUACCCAGGACAUUUAUUGGUCCUAACUAUGUUAAUGUGUUAUACCACUUAAUGUGGUAUUUGUUUUCUUUCUCCGCUGGUUUGGCUGUCUUAAAUGUUGUUCCUUGCAUUUAUAUGGAUGGUCAGCAUAUUGUGGGAGCACUUACAGAAGUGGUAUUUAAAGGUUGCGAAAAUGUUUCUAUGAAACGGCAAGCUCAGCGCGCCCUUAUUUUCUCUGGAACUUCUCUUGUGAUUAUCAAUAUUGCGUUUAGUUUGCUUUCAAUGUUUUUGUAAUAAUUCAAGUUUCAAAAAUCCCUGUAUCCUACAUUAAAAUACAUAUUUCAGUGA